GAACAAGACAGUGAAGAGGAGGGCCAAUCACCAGCUAUGUUGGAAGAGGGGGAUGAGGAGGAGGGCACAUCCUCUCAGGCUCACUUACCAGCAAGGUUGCCUACAGUGGAGGAGGGAGGAGGCGGCGGUGGCACCACCACCACCACCACCACCACCACCACCACCACCACCAUCACCACCACCACCCCUGUCUCCACGGUCGCCUGUGCUGCCGGAGACUCCCUCACCUCCAGCUCACUCACCACCAGCCAUGUCAGAAGAGGGAGAGGAGGAGGAUCCCUCUUCUGAGGCACACUUUCAAGCAAGGUUUUCUCCGGAGGAGGAGGAGGCCCACCAGCCACCUCCAGAAUUUGGUCCCGCAGCAGGAGGCCCCCUCACCUCCAGCUCACUCUCCAGCCAUAUUGGAAGAGGGUGAGCUGGAGGAAGAGCAGAGGGAGGAGUGGUCACCCCCUCAGGUCCACUUCACCUGGCACUCAGAAAGGGAGUGGCUGCACUCCAGAGCCCCCAGGAGGCAAUGGAUGGAGGAGGAGGAGGAAGAGGUGGAGUCGUUGGAGGAGGGCCAACUCCCCUCCAGUUCCCCUGAGCCCCAGGACCCAGUUGUACUUCCCAAUGCCCCACCUGCUAUGGGGGAGCUACAGCCCCCUCUGGAUGCAGAGGCCGACAUCCCAGAAGUGUUCAACCACCCAGCCAUAAGAGCCUCAUGGGCUGGGUGUGUGAGCGCAUUGGGACGCUGGAGCAGGCAUUGGAGGUGGGGCCAGCCGAGAACCAGCCAGACAUUGUGGCCUAUUUUCGGCGGCAAUUUUUA